UUGAUCUGCUUGGGGGACAGAUCGGCCUCAACAAUCAAUCAAGCAUGGAGAAAGAAUUGACCCAUGUUCACUGGGGAGAGGUUUUGUGGUUUAGCUGGCUUUCCUUCCUGAUUGGAGUCGGUGCAGGCGUGCUCCUGCUCGCCCUCAUUAACGCGUUCAGGAGUUCUUACUGGGACGUCUACUCCCUCGAGCUCACCGGCAUGGACGGCCGUGACCAGCCGGCGGAGCUCAGCGGCCUGGCGUUCAACGUGACCCUGCACGUGGAGAACAGGCGGCCGAAGUGGGUGGGCAACAGCUUCAGCCAUGGGAAGGUGGUGGUGUCCUACGCCGGCGUCGCGGUAGCGGAGGGCCGUGUGCCGGGCUUCAGCGUCAGAGCGAAGAGCGCGGCGGAGGUGGAUGCGGUGGCGCUAGGCGGCAAAGCAGGCGUGGCGGACGCCGCCGUGAGGAGGCGCGUGGAGGCCGAGUUGCGCUGGGACUCGGCGGAAUUCGACGUCGAGGCCAAGCUGUUCCGCAGCGGCGUCGGCCAACAAGGCGGCCCCGUCGUGCUGUGGUGCAAGGUUGCAUCGCGGGUGCUGCAUCAACCGUCACGGUGCAGGACCUUCACCGACUUCAUGACUAGGGCAGACGAGGAGUUUUGACUGAUUUGUACUACGUGCGUGCAGCACGAAUUCCCAGCCUAUGCGUCUAUUAUUUUCCUAUUCUUAAAAGUAUAUUUUUGUUCCCCAAGUUUCUCAAAGUAUAGACUUUUUCUUAAGAUUUUUAGGUAUAUAUUUGGUCCUUCAAGUCUCAAAACGGGAUAAGUUUGGUUCAAAACCAGA